UCUUUAUGCCUGUGUGUUGGUGUAUGUAUAAUAUUGACACAGUCACAUGUACAGUAAGAGCUUUCAGCUUUGUGUUUUUGUCGCGACCAAUCUUGUUUGGUUCUUUCUACUUUGGCAAUUCCAGACAUGCUUUCAGAUUUCAUAUCUCUUUAGCCUCAGUCCUGUCCCCUUAUCUUCUUGUAUCUCUCUGUUUGUCCUCCGAUCUACUUUGGUUUCUCAAAUAUUCCCACACCGAAUAUUCUCCCUCUCUGCUUUUGCUAGCCAUGCUUCGUUCCUCACUUCCCAUCUCCUCAUUCUGCUUCACCAUUUCAUUGCCAACCAUGGAAUUCCUCUGCUCGCUGUUUCUCCGAAUCUAAUUAAUUAGCUUGGCAUGCAACUUUCCGAGUCUGACAAACUGUUAUUUCCCACAUGUUCUUCAAGAGAAGUGAACAAGAACCUUAUUCCUACAGAAGAGUAAUAAAGUUUGGUGCUUGGGUUCGAAGGAGGAACAGAUAGAGCGCUCAAAAGGUGUAUAGUAAAAGAAUGUUGAGCAGGGAAUUUGAGUUCUGAACCAGAAAGACUAUUGCUUUGCUUGGGAAUAUCAACGAUGAGAAGAAAGAGAGAUAAAUAAAUAAGUGAGCGGGUCGGUGGUGUCAGUACUCAGUAUUGAGCAAGUGGGGGUGUCUCUGGUUUUGAGAAAUUUUACAUUAUGUUCGAGAUUGUCUCUGUGACCAAUGUCUCCUUUCUUGAACCUCUUCGCCGUGCUCCUUGGGCUGUGUUGCCAAUUCAAUGAACAAUCUCUUCUUUCAGUCUCUUGAUCUCUUCUCCUUCUAUUGGAGGACUAAUUCUCAUAAUCACAGAGGAAAAACCACUUCUUGCUUCUCUUUCUGGCCUCGUUUUCUGGGAAAAGAUUCGGUCAUACAAGGAAAUAUACCAUUCUUCUAUAACAUUCAUCUCUCGUCUUCCCUUGAAUUUGAGUGAAGGAUUAGCAUUCAGGAAUUGGAUCAAUAGGGGGGCAGGAUGAAGUUCAUGAAACUUGGAUCUAAGCCUGAUUGUUUUCAAUCUGAUGGCGAUAAUAUCAGAUAUGUGACUGAUUUGGCAACUGACAUAGUCAUCAGUGUUGGAGACGUGAAAUUUUAUCUCCAUAAGUUUCCUCUUUUAUCCAAGUGUUCCCGAUUGCAAAAGUUGGUUACGAACACAAAUGAGGACACUAAUGGUGAAAUUCAGAUUCAUGACAUUCCUGGAGGAUCUGCUGCUUUUGAAGCAUGUGCCAAGUUCUGUUAUGGCAUGACAGUCACCCUCAACGCAUACAACGUUGUUGCAGCCAGAUGUGCAGCAGAGUAUCUUGAGAUGUAUGAAACUUCUGAGAAAGGAAACCUCAUCUACAAGAUUGAAGUCUUCCUUAACUACAGCAUUUUCAAGAGUUGGAAAGACUCAAUCAUUGUUCUUCAAACUACUCGCUAUCUUCUUCCAUGGUCUGAAGAACUUAAAAUAGUGAGUCAUUGCCUCGACUCUAUAGCUUCCAAGGCUUCAAUGGAUACAUCCAAGGUGGAUUGGCCAUAUACCUAUAACAGGAAAAAGCUUUCCUUUGAAAAUGGGAAUGAUUCUCAUUGGGACAGUGUGAGGAAACAUCAGACAGUUCCAGUGGACUGGUGGGUGGAAGACCUUUGUGAGCUUCAACUCGAUCUUUAUAAGCGAGUCAUGAUAACAAUUAUAACCCAAGGCAAUGUCUCUGGGGCUGUAAUUGGAGAAGCUUUAAAUGCUUAUGCCUCAAGAAGGUUACCAGGUUUUGACAAGGGAGUGAUACAAAAAAGUGACAACAUGAAAUAUAGAUUACUGUUGGAUACUAUCAUCCGACUACUGCCUGUUGAGAUGGACAAUGUCUCUUGCAGUUUCUUGCUCAAGUUAUUAAAGGCAUCAAUUGUUUUGGAAUAUGAAGAGUUGGAGAUAUCUGAACUGAUGAGGAGAAUAGGGCAGAAUCUUGAGGAGGCUACACUAUCUGAUCUUUUGAUUCCAGCAUCAGUUGGUGAGACAGUGAUGUUUGAUGUUGAUACUGUACAAAGGCUAGUUGAAGAGUUUGUGGCAUUUGAGCAGAGUUAUCAGAAAACCGAUUCUCGUAUGGGAGGAGAUGAAUUGCAAGAAAUCAGAAGCCCAAGGAAGGUGUCGGAUACUUCUAAGCCGAAGGUAGCAAAAUUAGUGGAUAACUACCUUGCUGAGAUUGCGCGUGAUCCCAGUUUGCCUCUCUCGAAAUUCAUCAUUAUUGCUGAAUUGGUAUCAAGCUUUCCAAGACCAUCUCAUGAUAGCCUUUACAGAGCCGUUGACAUGUAUUUAAAGGAACACCCCAAAAUCAACAAGAGUGAGAGGAAAAGAAUAUGCCGGUUAAUGGAUUGCAAGAAGUUGUCAGCAGAAGCCUGCAUGCAUGCUGUGCAGAAUGAGAGGCUUCCCUUGAGAGCAGUUGUGCAAGUUCUCUUCUUUGAGCAGCUUAGAGCCACAAAAUCAUCUGGUGGGACCGCAACAUUGGAUGCUCCAAAGUGUACUAGGAACUCGCUUCCUGACGGGUCUCAUGGCAGCUCAAGAUCUACCACAACCAAUACAGAAGAAGAAUGGGAUGCUCUUAAAGGCCAACUUGCUACACUAAAAUUAUCACAUGGCAGUGACAGAAGCAGCAGCAACGAUGGUGGUGGAAAAGGAAAUGCUGAUAAACUAGCAGCUAGUAAGAUGAAAGGAUUGCUCAUGUCAAAGAAGAUAAUCUCUAAGAUUUGGUCAAGCAGGGAAAGAAAUGGUGAGAUUACUAGCUCUGAUACUUCAGAGAGCCCUACUUCUACAGUCAUGGAGGAAACAAAAUCUACCCCAUCUACAAGCGGCAGACAAUCAAUGUCUUAGAACAUGUUUUGCAGCAUUAGGACUAGGGAGCUAUGAGCUUUGCUGACAUCUUCCAAGCUGCUUCUUCCAUGAAAUUCUGAGCAAUAUUGGCAACAAGAAUAUUAAAUUAUAUUCUGGGUGGAUUGUUGCUGUAUCACUUGCUCAGAGAAUAGGCAUGGACUCUAAAAUUUUGCUGUACUGAAAUAGAAGUGUUUCCAGGUGUAUGCAUCUAAAUUCAUAAGAAUCUUGCAAGCCUCAAAAA